CAAAACCAAAAAUCGAAUCUUUUCUCUCUGUUUCAUUUCAAUGGCUGGAGAUUUGUUAUACGCCAAAACGCAGCGUUUCGUGCUUUUGAUAGAUCUUAAUCCGCUUCUGGUCAAACCCAAUUCGGAGCAAUACCUAGCCGUCGUGAUCUCCGCCGCCGAGAAGCUUCUCUUGUUUCCUCCUUUAUCUGCUUCUCUCUUCUCUUUCAAAUUCUUCUUUUCUUCUCUUUCUUCUCUCUUAUCUUCCUCAAAGCUCUCUUCACUCUCAACUUCAUCUUCUUCGCUUUCAUUUGACCUUCCUAACCCUACACUUGUCUCUCUUAAACGCGCCAUCGACGCGGUUAAACGAUGUGAACUUCGAUCUAGCUCCACGGUGGCGGCGACAUCGCCUCGUGGGGUUAAUGUCGCGGCGAAUUUGCGACAGAUCGUUUAUGAUUACGCUUGGGAGCCGGUGGUUCGAGAUCCGGAGAUAGGUAUGAUUCCUGGAUUUACUGAUGGUGGGGUAGAUAUCGUUAGGUCGAAUUUGGUCGUGAUGUUUUCCCCAAUUUCUAGGGAUUUGGAUUGGGUUUCUGAGUUUCUUGAUGUUAAGACUGGUGAUAAGUGUUUUAGCGACUUGGAUUUGUUCAAGUCAAAGUUGAGGGAGAUUUUUUAUUGUGUGAAUGAGUUAUUUGAUGAUAGAGAUAUUCAAUUAAGCUGGAUUGAUGUAAAAUCUGAAGAUGGAUUUGGUGAAAGAUGUGAAUUGGGAUUGAAGUCUGGGUUUUUCGAUAGUGGGAUUAGAGAAUUGGGUUGGGGGCAUUGUUCUACGGAUUCAAUUGUUUUUGGUUCUUCAAUUGUUCCCUUUGGAUUAAUAUAUCCAGCAAUUGGUAUUUGCCCAAAGCUAUCUACUAGUCAGGAAUUUACUGUUCAGGCCAGUCUUGAGAUUGAAGAUAUUAAUGGUAAACCUAUGGAAUGCAAGUGCGGUGAGCUAGAGUUUUCUUCUUCUGAAAUUUCUAGUGGGAAGAGGUGUGAUGAGUUUAUCAACUUAGCUAGUGGGUCUGAGCCAGUCAAUCAGGACUCUCUAAUUGACCAGUUUUGUGGUGGGCUUACCAAACUUAGUAUUAAAGCCUUGAGGAUGUGUGAUGAUCUUAUUGAACUAGAGAGGUAUACUUGUGAUACUUUUGUUGUUCAUGAAGUUUCCCAGGAAUCUGAUCAAGAUCAGGAGCAGGAGAGUGGGUUUUGGGCAGACCGGGUUCUUCAGAUAUUAGUGAAGGAGACAGGUGAGAAAGUAGCGAAAAGAUCAUCACCCAUUUGGCAGAUAAUAUUAAGUUAUCUCUAUAGGGAAGGUUACUCAGCACUGGUAUCUUUUUCAAAUAGCAAUGGUAGUUUGCGGACAGGAAUCCUCAAGCCCUUCACUUUCUCGUCAGCUUUAGUCUGUGUUUUUGAGAAUGGAGUCUCUCCUCAAACUGUGGAUCAUGAAGAUAGUAGGAAGAAAGUCAGUUGUAGCGAAUAUAAAAGAAAACCAAGAAAAAAUACUCUUAAUGACAUUAGCUGGGAGGAGUUCUGCAGAUCAGUGAAAGAUUAUGGUCAAAUAGAUCUAGAAGAUGUUUAUUUCUCCAAGUUUAGCAAGUCGAAGAAAUUUAAGUUUCUGAAAUGUUGGAUGAAACAGAUUAGUAAACCCAGAGGCUGCAGCUUAUCCGUGGCUAGUUAUUGCAAUGCAUUGGAAGAUGUGGGAGCAAAUCCGAUUGAGGAAAAUAAUAACUCCUCUGAAGAGACAGAAAAGGCUAGCUCUUCUUUACCUGUAGCUGAAGAGGACAUUGCUUUGAGUGGAAAUCGUAUAUCUGGAAAGCAAGAAAAUGAUGCUUCUGUUCAUGCAUCAGAGUCAUCAGAGAAUUUCUUCGCUAGUCUUCCUAGUAAAAUCAAACAAGGGAUUGAGUCUGAGGAAAUAGACUUGUCAGCUCUGGCCGAGCGGCUUGUCAAGUCCUGUGUCUUCUACUCCUCUCAAAGAGCUGAGAAGGACUAUAGCUGUGAGAGUGGAACCCUCUUGUUGGUUACUGACGAGCUAACCAAGAUGUUACUGAAAGAUCCGAAAGAUUUAGUUGCUAAGUUCAAAAAGAAAGAUUCAUCAUCAAUGGCAAGUGAGCGGAAUUCUGAUGAAGCUGCACCCAGUAGCAUCGUUAGAGAAUACGAGCUGCAGAUUCUUUUCAGGAUGGAGAUUCUAAGAUGUAAGAUAGGUUUGGGAAGUGAAGAAUCUGUGACACAGAAGUUUGCAAAACAGAUAUGCAUGUUCCUUGAGGGCAUUCAGUGUAAGUUAGAUGGCGGAUUCUUUGGUGAGUGGAGCCUUGAUAAGUAUGUCGACAAAACUAUAAAAGCCAGGUAUCAUCAUGUUCUUGGAGAAGCUGUCAAUAUAAUAUAUACAGAGAUGGAUCUGCUCAUGUUCACUGAUGAGGAUCUUGAAGAUAGUUUCAUGAACAAUGAAGACAGUAGUCAAUCAGGGAGAGAAAAUAUCCAUAGCAAUUUCAAAAGUCAUCAUCAUAGUCAAAGAAAUGAAGAUGUUCCUGGUACUAGUAAGCAGAAAAACACUGAGGAGUGCAGAGAAGCUAAGAAAGAGGUUGAAGCACAAGAAAUGAGGGAGAGGGCAAGAAGAUUCUCGAGUUUCACAAGUUGGAUGCCUGAUCUUUGUAGAGUUUGGGCACCAAAACAAGUAAAGAACUCUAAAGGCAAGGCGGACCAGCAACCGAGAAUGGUGAAAAGGAAGAAGGAGCAAAGGUCAGUGGAAUAUGAUAGAGUAUGUGAGACACCAAUGACAACAAUAGAGACCAAACGAACACGAACUGCUAACAAAGAUGGCUAUGAGUGUGAGACUUUGCCUCGUAGUUCAGUACCAAAGGCUUUGUUUCAGGAUGAUUCUUCUUAGGUAAACUUUCUCUCCCCGUUUAAAGAGUCGGACCUGGAGAUGAAGACUACACUGAAGUCUCACUUACAAGAGAAUGAUGCCUAAAAUGGGAAAAUGAAAUGUAUCAUUAAGAAUGGAAAUGGGAAUAAGUAUAGUUGGAGUGG